AUGGCUAAAAUAGUGACACGUGGAGAUAUCAAUAAUAGCUUAAAUUUAAAUAAUAGCAAUAGUAAUAGUAAUAGUAAUAGUAGUAUAAAUAUUAAUAAUAAUAACAAUAGCAAUAAUAGCAAUAAUAAUAAUUUAAAUAAUAAGAAUUUAAAGAAAUGUCCAAUUUGUAAUAAAUCAUUAACAAAUAAUGAUCCAAAUAAUUUAAAUGGUUCAAUUCUACAUUCAAUUGAAUGUUUUGUUGAAAUUUCUAUUGCUUUAAAAUUGGAAUUUAAAAAAUCAAUCUCUAUAGCAGAACUAAAUCAUAUUGGAAAAGUUAAUAAUAUAAAACCAUCCCAACAAAAUUCACCUCAAAAUAAUAGCAACAGCAAUAAUAUUAAUAUUAACAUUAAUAAUAAUAGUAAUAAUGGUAAUAGUACAAGUAAUAGUAGUGAUGAAACUGUUGAAGGUUUUAAAAAAAGAAAAAGAAAAGAUGAAUUCAAUACAUUUGAUAAUCAACAAACAAGUAAUAAUAGUAGUAACGAUAAUGAUGAUAUUUCACCUACAACUUCGCCACAAUUAGAACAACAUCAACAAUAUCAACAACAACAACAUCAACAACAACAUCAUCAUCAUCAUCAUCAACAACAACAAUCAUCACCUAUAAUAACAAGACAACAACAAAAACAAUUAUUAUUAUCACCUCCACCUCCACUACUACAAAUAGAAACACCCUCAUCACCACCACUUCAACAACAACAACAACCUCAACCCCAACAACAACCCCAACCACAACAACAACAAAUACCACAAGCACAACAAUUAAGAUUUAUUGAUUCUCAAAGAUUAAAACAACAACAGCAAUUACAAUUGGAGCAACAAUUAUUCCAACAACAACAACAACAGGAACAACAUCAACAACAACAAUUACAACAGCUACAUCAACAGAAUCAAAUUGAGAUUCAAAGAUAUCAUCAAAGACAACUUCAACAACAACAACAAAUUCAAAUUGAACAACAAAGACAACUUUUAGUUCAACAACAAAAUCAACACCAACAAAAACAAAUAGAAUAUCAAAAAUUACAACAGCAACACCUACUUUUACAUCAACAACAACAACAACAACAACAACAACCACAACAUCAACAAAAUCAACAGAAUCAACAAAAUCAACAAAAUCAACAAAAUCAACAGCUACUGCAACAUCAACAACAACAAAAUCAACUUGCAAUCAUCCAAAAAAGAUUAUUACAACAGCAACAACAGCAACAACAACAACAGCAACAACAACAGCAAUUAAUACAACAACAACAACAACAACAACAGGCUAAUCAUUCAAAAUUACUUCACCUAUAUCAACAAUUACCACAACCUUUUAUACAUAUAUUUAACUCUUUAACUACUGAACAAAAGCAAGUACUACAUACACGAGUAUUAUCACAUCCACCAAGUGAUCCAAUGUCACCGUUACAGUUUGUUCAAACUCAAUUAGUUCAAUUUAAUCGUCAAAUGGAUUUGAGAAAAUCACAACAAUCACAAAGUGUAAAUACAAUUACCCAACCCCAGCAACAACAACAACAGCAACAACAACAACAACAACAACAACAACAACAACAACAACAACAACAACAACAACAACAACAACAACAACAACAACAACAACAACAACAACAACAACAACAACAACAACAACAAUACCAACAACAAGUACCACAACAACAACAACAACAACAAUACCAACAACAAAUACAACAACAACAAGAAGAACUUGUUGAAAGUGAAUUGGCAAUUAGUUACAGAGCUGCUAUUUUCCCUUAUUUAUUUGGUACUCGUUGUUUAGGAAAUAGGUGUCCUGAUUCUUUUAAAAAAUAUCAUAUAUAUAUAAAAAAUGAAUUAAUAUUUUCAAUUUGCCCAAUUCAACAUGACAAUAAUAGUUUUUCAAAUGCAAAAAGAGUAUUAUAUUCAGCACUAGAGUAUGCAGGUGUAAUCGAUAAUGUUAUCAAAAGUUCAUCGGUCGUAUGUAAUGGCUGUGAUGAAAGAGUUGGUGACCUUAUAAGAUAUGAAAAAAGAGAAUCAUCAUCUGGAGGAAGAGAAAUUCAAUUUUAUUGUUCAAUUGAUUGUUUUUUAAAUACAAAUUUUUAUAAAAAAAAACAAACUAAAUAA